AUGACUGCACCCUUCCACGUCACGGAAGUGGAUUACGGGAGUCCAUUUGUGAUAAAAGAUCGAAAGGGCAGAGGAUGUAAGACUAGUAAGUGCUACAUCUGUCUGUUUAUAUAUUUCUCAACUAAGGCCAUUCAUUUGGAAUUGGUUUCGGAUGCAACCUCAGAGUCGUUCAUUGCAGCACUUAGGCGGUUUGUAUCUCGGCGAGGCAAACCAGCCCAUAUCUACUCUGAUAAUGGGACCAAUUUUAUUGGCGCUAAUCGAGAAUUAAACGAAUUAGCAGAACUUUUAAUAAAGGAACAGCUCACCCUGAGCGAGCAUAUUAGUAAUACAGGCAUCACAUGGCACUUUAUUCCAGCCUACUCUCCUCAUUUCGGAGGAUUGUGGGAGGCUGGAUUAAAGUCUACAAAAUAUCAUUUAAAACGCGUUUCAAGCAGUUCGUCAUUGACGUUUAAGGAGUUUUAUACAUUGCUUACUCAAAUAGAAGCAAUCUUAAAUUCUAGACCAUUAACCCCAUUGUCAACAGAUCCCAAUGAUCUUGUUCCUCUUACCCCUGCUCACUUUUUGAUUGGCAAGACUCUCAAUGCAGUGGCCAAUCCAGAUCUAACACAUGUACCUGACUCUAGAGUAUCCAGAUGGCAACUAAUUCAGAAAUUACAGCAACACUUCUGGAAGAGAUGGAGCAAGGAAUAUAUUUCGGAGCUCCAACAACGUACAAAAUGGAAGAAGCCAUUUAACAAAUUGACGGAAGGUGCGCUGGUACUUAUUAAAGAUGAAAACUUACCACCAUUCAAAUGGAGGAUGGGGCGCAUAACUUCAGUGCAUCCUGGACGAGAUCAGGCCGUGCGAGUUGCGACCGUAAAAACUUCUAUUGGAAGCGUACGCAUCACUGCCGCGAAGCUCUGUCCGUUGCCCAUAGAAGAAUGUAUUAAGCCAAACAUUAAUUAUAUCACUUUGCGUUAG